UUUUCUUAGACAAAUCCAAACGAGGGAGUGGAGUGUGCAGAUGGGAGACGGCGGCGGUGGGCGGAAGACGGCGCUGCUCCGGCGCUGCUCUCCAUCGCGGUGGAGCGUGAGCGGGCGGCGGCUGCUGAGCGGGGCGGGCGACGAGGCGUGGCGGGCGCACGCCGGGAUGGUCCUGGUCAUGCUCGCCUACAGCGGCUACCACGUCCUCACCAAGUCCGUCCUCAACGUGGGCAUGAACCAGGUCGUCUUCUGCGUCUACCGGGACCUCCUCGCGUUCGCCGUCCUCGCCCCCGUCGCCUUCCUCCGCGAGAGAACGGUGAGACCUCCAGUGACCCCUCAGUUACUUGCUUCCUUUGCUCUUCUUGGCUUCACAGGGCUCUAUGGGAACCCCCUCCUUUUCCUCGUCGGCCUCCGCUACACGAAUGCUUCCUACGCUGCGGCUUUCCAGCCCUCAAUACCAGUAUUCACAUUUGUCUUGGCUGCAAUCGUCGGCGUUGAAGCGAUCAACAUCUUCACGAAAGACGGCAUCCUCAAAGUUCUCGGCACGGUUGUAUGCGUCUCUGGUGCCAUUCUGAUGGCUUUGUAUAGAGGUCCAUCCUUGAUUGGCUUGGGAGGAAACAAUACAUCAAAUGGUAUUGUUACUCCGGGCACAUGGAGCAGCAAUCCCUAUCCAGCCCACUGGUUGACAUCAACCAUGUUUGAGUAUGGUGUAGAAACAUGGCAUCUUGGUGUCUUGUGUCUUUUAGGAAACUGCCUCUUGGUGGCUGCUUAUCUAGUCAUACAGGCUCCCGUGAUGAUAAGAUAUCCUGCAAGCUUAUCCUUGACAGCGUAUUCGUAUUUCUUUGCCACCAUCUUUAUGGUGUUAACUGGAGUACUUGUAACCAAUGGGCUCCAUGAGUGGGCACUGACAAAAACAGAGAUCAUAGCUGUUCUAUAUGCUGGAAUUGUUGCAUCUUGUCUGAGCUACACAGUUAUGACGUGGGCAAACAAAAUUCUUGGACCUUCUCUAGUUGCUCUCUAUAAUCCACUCCAACCAGCAUGUUCCACUAUCCUCUCAACUAUUUUUCUUGGUGCCCCAGUUUAUGUCGGAAGCAUUAUUGGGGGGCUGUUCAUAAUUGCUGGUCUAUACAUGGUUACUUGGGCUCGCUACAAUGAAGCACAACGAGCUGUGACGAAUGGUUAUUCGGACCCUCUUCUCGUGGGUCCUCGAGGAGUCCCCGCGGCACAGGAAGGUUCCUUCAUCGAUCCUUAAAUUUCAAUGUGAUCAAAUGGUGUCUCAAUUGUUUUCUCCAGGACAACAACAGAAUUCACAUGUAUAGAUUUAUCUUGAAAGAUACUUUUGUAGUCUCAUAUACUCCCUCUGUCCAAGAAUGUAAGCCUUGACCAACGGUUACUUUAGUAUAUAACUUUUGUGAUACAAAAAUUGGUGUCCUUAGAUUCUAUUCAAAAGUACUUACCUUUGAUUAGAAAUUUGUAUCACAAAAAUGACAUAUUAAAAGAUAGUUGUUAGUCAGAGUCUCU